AUGGAUGCAUUUAAGCAUCAGCUGGAGAAGCAAAAAAUUAAGUCAUACGGUGAGUUGUCAGUGCAGAAGAUAGUCCACCAAAUCUUGGACAAAGCUCAGACUGAGUUGGAGAAAAUUCAAGCCAUUUGGAUCUGGCUGUGCAACAACAUAAAAUAUGACAUCAACGGCUACCUGGGUUUAUCAGAGAAGAUGUAUACUCCUCAACAGGCCCUUCAGUCAGGGAAGGGCGUCUGCUCUGGCUACUCCAGCCUGUGCCAAGAAAUGUGUCGAGAGGCCGAGAUAACGUGCAUUGAAGUUUCAGGACAUGGAUAGGGAAUUGGAUACAAUCUUGGACACAGUUACCAACACAAGAAGUCAAGCCAUGUGUGGAAUGCUGCGCAGUUGGACAAGCAAUGAUACCUCCUGGAUGCUUGCUGGGCCGCAGGCAUAGUGGACAUAGAGAAAGGAGUCUUCAUUCAGAGAUAUGAUGAUCACUAUUUCCUGGCUGACCCGGAACAAUUUAUAGAUUCGCACUGGCCAGAUGAUCCAAAAUGGCAGCUAAUGGAUUCCAUGAUCUCAUUGGAAGAGUUUGAACAAUGGGUUUUUAAAACAUCUGCAUUCUACAGGCUUGGCCUUCCAGUCAUCUCCCCAAAGAUUUUCCUACUUCAAACAGUAAAUGGUGAAGCUGCGGUGUGCUUGAGAAGUGCUCGACCUGUGGAAUUCAGUUACAGUAUAAUCCAGCUCAGUGACAGCCGGCCAAGGUACAUUGAUGUGUCUUGUGGAAUAAUGAGAGUGACACCGACUGGGAUGGAUCUCCGAGUCAUCCCACCAUCACAGGGCAAGUAUGACCUGAAGAUCUUUGCAAAGCCACUGGACUCUGAGGAGAGCUAUACCUGGGUCUGUUCCUAUCAGAUCGACUGCUCAGAGUCAAAGGUUCACGACAGGCUCCCAGACAAUCCAUUCUCUUACUGGGGGUUGCACUGUAGCUCCAAGUAUAUUGGCAUCGGCAGUUGUAGCUGCUCAGAAGGUUUUAUUAAUGCAUCUGAUGGGCGGGCACUGUUGUCCUUCCAAACAUCAAGACCAUUAUCAGCUAUGUACAAGUUGGUUCACGGAGACUUCAAUAGUGACAAGACUGAGAGGUGCAUUGUGUCUCAGAUAGAGGAAGGAAAUUUGGUUUGCACCAUUGCAUUGCCCGCGAAAGGUUACUACAGGCUCUCCAUGUUCAUUAAGUCCUACAGCCAAGACAUUUCUUAUCAGAACAUUUACAACUGUCUGAUCUAUUGCUCGAACUAUGUCAAUCAAAAUGAGCUGUUUCCUGCAAACCUGAGCAACUAUUCUUAA